CCCCCUUGGGGUGGAACCCAACCAAAGCUGACACAGCAGCAGUGGAUGUCAGGCAGGAGCCGCCAGUCACCAGGAGGGGCAGUGUAGGAGGCAGGAGGCUAGGCUGCCUGGAGUGGCCCUGAUGAGCAGCUUGAGGCCAACCUGCACUGCAGGGCUAAAUCCCCUCAUCUCCUCUGCCUAAGUGCCUUCUUCCAGUGAGAUUAUCUCAGCCUGGGCUGACAUCUCCGUCCACCUGCAGCCAUGGAUGCCGCUCUGCUCCUGAACGUGGAAGGGAUCAAGAAGACCAUUCUGCACGGCGGCAAGCGGGAGCUCCCAAACUUCAUCACCGGAUCCCGAGUGACCUUUCAUUUCCGCACCACAAAAUGUGAUGAGGAUCGGACUGUGAUCGACGACAGCAGGCAGGUGGGCCAGCCCAUGCACAUCAUCAUCGGGAACAUGUUCAAGCUGGAGGUCUGGGAAAUCCUGCUGACGUCCAUGCGGGUCAGCGAGGUGGCCGAGUUCUGGUGUGACACCAUCCACACAGGGGUCUACCCCAUCCUGUCCCGGAGUCUGCGGCAGAUGGCGGAGGGCAAGGACCCAACAGAGUGGCAUGUGCACACGUGUGGGUUGGCCAACAUGUUUGCCUACCACACGCUGGGCUACGAGGACCUGGAUGAGCUGCAGAAGGAGCCACAGCCUCUGAUCUUCAUGAUAGAGUUACUGCAGGUGGAGGCCCCCAGCGAGUAUCAGAGGGAGACCUGGAACCUGAGCAAUGAUGAGAAGAUGCAUGCGGUGCCCAUCCUCCAUGGAGAAGGAAACCGGCUCUUCAAGCUGGGCCGCUACAGUGAGGCCUCCACCAAGUACCAGGAAGCCAUCGUCUGCCUGAGGAACCUGCAGACCAAGGAGAAGCCCUGGGAGGUGCAGUGGCUGAAGCUGGAAAAGAUGAUCAACACCCUGAUUCUCAACUACUGCCAGUGCCUGCUGAUGGAGGAGGAGUACUAUGAGGUGCUGGAGCACACCAGUGAUAUCCUGCGGCACCACCCAGGCAUCGUGAAGGCCUACUACGUGCGGGCCCGGGCUCACGCGGAGGUGUGGAACGAGGCGGAGGCCAAGGCGGACCUGGAGAAAGUGCUGGAGCUGGAGCCGUCCAUGCAGAAGGCGGUGCGCCGGCAGCUGAGGCUUUUGGAGAGCCGCCUGCAGGAGAGGCGGGAGGAGGAGCGGCUGCGCUGCCGGAACAUGCUGGCCUAGGGCGCCGCCGGCCCCCUGCCGCCCCCUGCCCUUCAGACCACCCUGCCCCCUCCGCCCUGCCGCCCCCUGCCCAUCUCCCCGCUUCCGCCGCCCCGCCGCCCGCCACUGGCCCUCCAGCCACUGCGCGGACCUCUCUGCACCCUCCAGGCAGCCAGCAGAUGCCAGGCCAUUUCUGGUUCAGUUGAUCAGGAUUUGGGUGUCACUUUUGAAUAUUGAAAGUUGACGUUUUAAAUCAAAAUAACACAUGUCCGUGGUAAAAAGCCCCCAAAGGGCACAGAAGAGCUUAUGAAUCCAGGUAAAGUUCCUGCCCUACGCCUCGCAUUCCUUAGCCAGAACUAGUGAUUACAACUGACCCUGCUUUUUAUUCUUCGGGUAGUUGUCUGUACCUCCAAAGAAUGUGUUUAAAUCAGUUUCUCCACACAUGGUUCCUACCCCAUGUCAAGAAGGAAUGAGGACUGCCUCGAGGCCUCCUCCUCCCUCCCACCACCCCCUUCCCCCCAGAUUUAAAUAGUUCUAUUUUGGUUCUUUGCUCGGUUAUUUUGUAGCUUCAUAUACACUUCAUCCGCAGCUCUGUGGGAUCCUUGUUUGCUCUCUUCUGAGUAGGGUAAGGGCGGCAGCGGUGGGACCCCACCUCCCAUCCCCGACCUCCUCCUGCCUGACAGCUGAUGUCUGAUGUCCCGUUACUUUUCCAUCCUCCAGGCUGUUAACGUCUAUGUUCUGUCUGUAAUGAAAAUUAAAUCUUUUGUGCUUUGUCCAUAGGUUGACUCUAAAAUUUGAAAACCAAUAAACAGCACUUACAUGA